AUGCGGGACGCGGGGCUGGAGCAGGCAUCCGUUCGUCGCUACAACGUCGAUUUUUGCCAGGCGUAUGCGAAUCCAGAUUCAGUUGUGCAUGAUGGAUCCGCUAGCCUAAAGCUGUACGUUGUGGCGCGUCGCAACAGCACCCCUACUCUCCAAUCCUACAUGCCUUAUGACGUGUUCACGCAUGUCAACGAUUGGGUAGACCUCCAGGAAACAUGCUCGGUGGCAGCAGAAGACAUUUUCGACAAUGGAAUCUCAUCGUCGGAUGAGGAGGGGGGCAUGUACAUUGGUGAGGCUAGUCCCUCCCUUAUCGCAAGUCCAGCGCCCUUCACUUCGCCGGGAAGACCAUCAGCUGGAGCAUCGGUCUUGCAUCAGCGACACUUUGAUUCUGAAGCGUCCUCGGUGCGGUCGGCAACUCGUUCGGCAAUACGGUCUGCAUCUCGUUCAGCAAUACGUUCACCAUCUGAACCUUCGGUGCGGCAGCAAGCAUAUGAAGGAGUUGUUUCAGCGGCAGACAUGCCUCAAGAUGAAGGAAUUGCUGACGAAGUCGUUCAAGAUAAUGUAGACACAUCGUAUCAUGGCGUUUCUCCGCCAGCCGUACAUUCGCGAUCGCCGGCUCCUCGCAGCGUGUCUUUUGCGAAAUCUGUCAUUACUGCCUCCCCUAGACCGCGUGGCAAGCGAACUAUAUCUGGCCGCAAUAACCUGUCACCGCCUUCGCCUACAGGAUAUUCCCCGUUCGCUUCGUUCGGCGCCGUCUACAGCAGCGGUUUGCAAGGACAAGUGGGCCAUGACAUAUCUACCGCCGCCACCGAGACGCUUGCCGCUAUAAGGAAUAUUAACGCCAUCAUACCACGUACAACGUCUUCUAAUGUUAACCCGGCCCCAACCACAAGACGAAAGACCAAGAAGGGCACGCGCAGUAAACGUGCGCCGGUGGAAGAUGUGCCUGAAACUAUUAGUAUAACCUCUGAGAGGGAAUAUGGCAUGGGAUUAAGAAUCGUCGAUGCAGCAGCACUAGAUACGUACCCGGUUGGAGACGGUUUUGAUAUGCAGCCUUAUAUGAACGGCCACACGACCGACUUCUUAGGUGGAGAUGUGGGUGAUGCUGACCCAACGGUGGCUUCGGAGGUCUCUGGCCCUACGGAUUCGCAGCCAGCAGUAGUUGCUGACGAGCCCACCAGAAACCGUAAGAGAAGCAGAAAAAGGGUAUCAACUGCGGUUCUCUCUCUACCUGCUACCACAGUCGAGGAGCCCCCUACUGCCGCCGCUCCCCAGCAGCAGCCGGAACAAGCACCAACUAUCGCUGACACUGCAGCUGCAGCGCCUCGCCGGCGUCAUGACCAAGGAGUGCAAACGCUUGCGCUGGAGACCAUGCGCACAUCUCUCGGGGUUGGCAAUGACGACUUCGACAUGGAUGAGUACAGCAGCCUUGCGGACCGUGUCACCGCUGGCCGUCUGGGUCCGGAUACUACGAAGAAGCCAACUCGUCCACGCGAGCGCCGUCCACGAAAGGCGGUGAAUAGCGCCAUGCUGCUCAAUAGCUGGUACAUAUCGUAUGUGGACGAUCACAAAAAACCCACCAAGAAGCGGUAUGAGCACGUCGAGCCGUACGUUGAUCGGAACCGUCGGUACCCGAGCCGCGCUCGUUUGCCGCCGAUGCAGCAUUGGAAUUCAAACAUGACUCCAGACGGAUCAUCGGUGUUGUUCCUGAUCGGCGUGACCUCCGACGACAAGAAGCUGAAUUUGCAGGCUCAGCAUGCAUCUGGCGAUGUCGUUUUAUUCAAUGAGGAUGUAGUCGCUCUUGAAAGUUCUCCGGUCGCCGCCAGGGUACAUCCCGACAAUUUGCCUGAGGCAUCUCUGGUGAUGACUGACUCCAGUGGCAUGAUGGAGAUGCAAGUGAUUGAGUCGUCUCCGAUGGGGCGCCUUGCGCUUCCGAGCAUGGCAAACAACACGUACACCGCCACGUCAAACGAGCUGGCUCUAAUCGAACACAGCGUGCCAAGUACGCAACCUGCAGCUGGCAAAAAAAGGUCGCGGCGUACCCCAAGAGUGCCAACCAGUGAUAGUGACAUCGGACCCAAUGCUACGUCCGAAUCACGAACCGCUCCGGCUAAGGGCAAAGCGAAGCGCAACUCAGCCAAGCCGAAAUCCGGCGGCAGGAAGCGUACUCGUGAAAUGACGGUAUCUGAAGCCCUGGAGAUUUUGAAGUCGGACAGCGCUGGGUCGUCCUUAGGUUUGGAGGAGAGCCCGAAGAGCCGCCGUCAAUCUGAGUUCUACCAGGAGCUGGUGUUCAACCCUUCCAAGAGGGCCAACGUGGAUGUGUUGCCCUCGGAUUCUAUAGCAAUGCAGAACGGGCGACACAUCUCUUACAGAUCAUUCUUCCGCGUCGACGAAGUGGAGACCCAGAUGUACCACGGCUCGCUUUUCCAGCCGCUGGUGAUGAACUCGAGGUGCCGCAGCUCGAACGUCAUAAUUCCCAUCGGCUGCCAUGUCAGCAUGGGAAACGUGAAUGGAAAUUUCAUUUGCGGCUAUCUAUACUGUGGAGAGGACGUCGCUAUCCGCGGCCUUGGCAUAUCGUGGCCACUAAAAGCCAAGCAGACCUUUUUUCUCCCCAUUUACGAGGAGUGGGGAAUAUACAAUGAGAGCGGGAGCAUGGACGCCAAUAUCGCACUGACGUUUGUCAGCAUCUAG